AUGCGCGGCACCUCCAAGCGCGGCAGCUUCCGCGGCGGCGGCUUCAAGAAAUCCUUCAGCAAAAAGCGAUCCUCCCCCGACGACGACGAUGCGGUGCCGCAAGUCUCAAAGAAAGCGCGAGGUGGGGGCAACGAUGAAGCAGCAGCACUAGUGCCGGAACUGCAGACUGAUGAUGACAACAAUCCCUUCGUGGCUCUCAAAGCGAACGGCACGCGGCGCGUUACGAUUAGCGAUUUCAAGGGCAAGACGUUGGUCAGCAUACGCGAGUACUAUGUGGAUGAUGGCGGGGAUAUGAGGCCUGGGAAGAAGGGUAUCUCCCUCUCCAUCGAGCAGUACAACGCCCUCCUCGCCGCUGCUCCGCUGCUUGAAUCCGUCCUUGUUGAAAGGGAAGAGAAAGUUGUGCGGCCGGAGUACGACAGCGAGCCUGCCGCGCCCGUGAAGAAGGAUGAGGGAGGGGAGGAAAAGGAUGGCGAAGAGGAGGCUGCAGUGGAGAAGGGCGAGGACGAGGAGGAAGAGUGA